GCUGUGGUAGCGAUAUCUGACUUUCUGACAGCUACUACACACUUAAGUUUAAGAGAAAGUCUCUCAGAUCUCAAAGAAAAUGUACUCACGCUCAGACAGCAUGACUCUGACUGUUCAGCAGGAGAGAUUCGCCUUCCCCAGGGUGGCGACCCGCAGCACGGAGCCCGAGGUCUUCACCUUCGAGCGGAUGCCGGCUCAAGCCACCGCUAUGCGCUCCUACGUGCCCAUCCGGCCGAAGAAGCGCUGCACUCGGGUUAUGUACCCCGCUAAAGUCCGCAUGCACCUUCCACCACCGGAGAAGAGCCAGGCCAAGCGCUGGCUGGUCAUCCUGUGCCUGGUGGUGCUGUGGCAGAUCUACACCGAGGAGCCCUGCGCAGAGACGCCGCUGGGCAGCGCAGACAGUCCGAUCAGCGACUAUCAAGGUUUCCCCUUCCAGUCUGCGGAGGAGCAAGCGAGACAGCUCAAAGAGCUCACUCCCAGCACCGAGCCGCUGACGGGCUCACCAACCAGCUGUGAGGACGACAGUUCCACGGAACAGGUCAUCCCGAACACCACCUGCACCCAGCCCGUCGAGGAGGCAGAGACCAGCCGGCAUUUCGAGCAGAGCGCUGGGAAGAGCUACAUGGUGGCUCUGCUGGUCUAUCACAGACUGGGCAGCGACAACUAAAAGACUCUCAGAACUGGUUUAACUAUCUGUCCGAGUUUCUGGGAUUGAAAACCGGCCGAAUAGGAAUUGAUCCUGAGUAGCCUCUGGAGAGCAGCGGUGCGCCCAGCGCGGCGCAGGCGAGAGGAAGCUCCGUGCGUCGGCAUCUCCCUGCCAGCAGUCCCCCUGAGAACGGAGGAGGACGCAGUCUGGAAUGUGACACUUGAAAGAAAGAAAGAAAGAAAGAAAGAACUGUGAACACUUACAACAAACUGAACAUACUUGAACUGAAAACUUGAAUUGAACUGUGUGACUCUCAGUAUAUUCACAUAGACUGUAACUGCACUAACAGGCCUGCGGGCAAACUGGCUGUUUUACAAGUUGAAUUAUGUUACUGUCACUACUGUAGGCCAACCGAAACACUUUCUGUUGUUUAAAUGUCUUAUUUAGUUAUUUAUUCUAUUAUUUGCUAUUUAUUGAUUCAUAAUUUUAAUUAAAAAAAUGUCUAAAACU